AUGAAUACCUAUCCAUCAUGGAAGGAUCGCACGCAGAACCAGUUUGGCAAACUUCAAAUCCAGGUGCCAUGGCGAUCAUUCCAGCUCUUGGUGCCGCAUCGCAUGCGCCGCAAGAUCCGCUCAAAGCUUCGGAGUCGACUAUCACCAACCUCGUCUAUCUCGACCCUUCAGACUUCGAUCUCGCCAGUGGACACACUCCGCUCGCUUCAGGCUCACCGAUGGACCAUGUAUGACUUUCAGUAUCUACUGUUGUUGAUCAUUGGCAUCUUUUCCCUAUCUGCCAUGCAAUCGCCAGGUCCACUAGGCAAGACUGGUAUCUCUACCUUGCUGUUAUUCUCUCUUCUCCUACCCCUCACAAGGCAGUUCUUUCUUCCCUUCUUACCCGUUGCUGGGUGGCUUAUCUUUUUCUAUGCUUGCCAAUUCGUUCCAAGCGACUGGCGACCUGCAAUUUGGGUCCGAGUGCUCCCAGCCAUGGAGAACAUCUUGUACGGAGCCAACAUUAGCAACAUCCUAUCCGCCCACCAGAAUGUAGUGUUGGAUAUCCUGGCGUGGAUUCCCUACGGACUCUGCCACUAUGGCGCGCCUUUUGUCGUGUCUGGUGUUGUGUUCAUUUUUGGUCCACCGGGUACAACUCCGCUCUUCGCCCGCACUCUGGGUUACAUCAGUAUGUUGGCUGUGACUAUUCAGCUGGUGUUCCCAUGCUCGCCACCCUGGUAUGAGAACCUGUAUGGCCUCGCUCCAGCCGACUACUCUAUGCAGGGAAAUCCCGCCGGUCUUGCCCGUAUCGACAAGCUGCUUGGAAUUGACCUCUACACCUCGGGAUUCAAACAGUCCCCUGUGGUCUUCGGCGCCUUCCCCUCUCUCCACGCAGCCGACUCGACUCUGGCCGCUUUAUUCAUGAGCCACGUCUUCCCUCGCCUCAAGCCUCUCUGGGUUACCUACACGCUGUGGAUGUGGUGGGCUACUAUGUACCUAUCGCACCACUACGCGGUUGACCUGGUCUGCGGCGGUCUCCUCGCCACCGUGGCAUUCUACUUUGCCAAGACUCGAUUCCUCCCGCGUGUUCAGCGUGAUAAGAUGUUCCGCUGGGACUACGACUACGUCGAGGUCGGCGAUGCCUCUCGCGAAUUUGGCUACGACCUUGCUAGUCUUGACGGUGAAUUCAAUCUGGACAGCGACGAGUGGACUGUUGGCUCUUCCUCCUCGGUCUCCUCUGGCUCUUUGAGCCCUGUGGAUGACCACUACGCCUGGGAGAGCGAAACCCUUACAUCGAACCACGACAUCGAAGCCGGUCGCUGA